UAAUUGAUUGCUGAUAAUACAUAUCUAAUUUAUAACCUUCAAAUUUGAUUUUGUUGUUUUGGCUUAUAAGUGAUUAUUCAGAACGCAAUUGUCAGAUUUGUAACUACAUUUUAGUUGUUUUGUUCUUUAACCGUGCUGUAUGAACUAAUUUUAAAACAAACUAAUUAAAACUUUGUUCAAAGGAAAAUUAUGGAUGCAUAUCAUAUUGUCCAAAGGUUAUGGUAAAUUGGCCUGGCUGUUAGUGUAAAAGAAAUGUAAGCACACACAUAUACAUAAUAAUUAUCUAUUAUUUAAUAUAGAAUGUUCCCAUUUUACUACACAGGAAAACACACUGACUUUACGAGGAAAGAAGCUAUUUUAACAUUAUUUUGUGCUCUAUUUUGUCUUCUAAAUCACAUUCACAUAAGUCCUGUCCAUUUCACAGUCCAGUGCUCCUCAGUGUUUGACACAGACCAUAAAAGCCUCUUUGAGUUUGUGAACCAUGCUGCCACAGUAGAAAGAUGGUUCCAGUGGGUGACACAUUACCAUACCAUUGAUAGACGACCUCCAGGAGUGGGGAAACAGUAUCGAGCAUAUUUUUACAUACCUUAUCUUGGUUACGAAAAAAUGGAUUUCAAGGUGGUUAAGUUCUCAGCAGACUCUCAUCUUAUAUUACAAUCAACUCAUGUUCUACAGCCUGAAGUGGAAGUGACAGUAUUAGCACUGGGCGCGGACAAGGCCUUGUUAACAAUGAACAUUACGUUCAAACAGGGCUCACUUCUCUACCAGUUGACUAUUGGAACAUACCUGAGGUAUAUGGCAAAAAAGCAUAUGGAAGAUGCAUUAAUGAUAUUGAGUUCUAUUAAGCAAAAUUUAAAGUUUACGUAAGACUGACUUGAAUCUUAAAUCUCAAAAUCUGUGAUCUUUUUUAAGUGAAUUAAACUAUUUCAUACGGGA